UGUAUCAGAGGUUAGCAUGAAGGGAGAGUGAUGAAAACAACGAUCGAGCAGACCCGAGAGUCUCUGAACCUUCCUUUUUAGCAUUUCUUACUGAAGAAUGCACAAGCCAAAUUUCUUCAGCGCAGUUUGACCGUGUUGUGCAUCUGACUAUCGCCCCGAGUUUGCAGGAUGUCUUGGUUCACUGAUUUGGCAGGACGAGCUGAGGACUUCCUAAACAAAGUGGACCAAGGGGCAGCCACUGCUCUAUCCAAACACCAGAGCCAAACGUCCUCCACUUACAGCGCAGCUGAGCCCUCUCAGACUUCAGAAUACAGCUCCACGGACUAUAACUACGACCCACAGCAUGGCUACCGAGGCUCUUCAUCCUCCUCCUCCUCUCGCGAGACACAGUCUGACUUCAUCACUGCUGCUGCCAGCAACAUCAAGAAGUCGAGGGCCACUGUGUUGGCUGGUUCUGCCAACAUCACCAGUACCACCCCUCUGGGUUCAUCCAGUACCACCAAUGCCCCAGCCUCCUUCAAACAGACAUCCAACUUUGUUCGACCAAAGAAGCCAGAGAUGGAUGACGAGCUGCUCUUUGAUUUCCUGAACAGCUCGGACCCACCGCGGACUGAGAGGAGGGAGGUGAGGAGGGAGACCCCCAGAGCGACUGGCUCAGCCGAGGGGGUACCUCCUGUCCCCUCGGUUCCUGUGGACAACACACCCCAGGCGGCCGCGGUUCCCUCAGCCCCUGGUACCCCGCAUUCUGCACAGGGUUUGUCACGAACUUCCAGCCUCAGCUCUCUGUCUACCAGUACGCACAGUGUCAAAACAGAGGAUGGUUCUUCCCGUGACCAGCACCAAGGAGACACGCCUGACAGCUCAGACUCAGGGCUUGCUGUUCCUCAGGACAACCCUGCUGUUCAGGAACCCAGUCCACAGGAGGAGUCUCAGAGCCAGGUACUUUCCAACCUGCGUCUUGAGAACCAGCUUCUGCGCAGUGAGGUCGCCUCGCUCAACCAGGAGAUGGCCUCCCUCAUCCAGAGAACCAAAGACAUGCAGGAGGAGCUGAACCAGGCUCGACUCCGUGCCGACAAGUGGAACUCUGAUCAAUCCCGCACCGAUCGCACAGUACGAGAGCUCCGAUCACAGGUGGACGAUCUCACUGAGGCCCUGUCUGCCAAGGAUGGCCAGCUGGCGGUGCUUAAGGUUCGGCUGGAGGAGGCAGAUCACUUACUCAAAUCUCGCAGCAGCGCUUUGGAGGAGGCCCAGAGUGAAAAGAUGAGGAUCUUGCAGGACCAAACAGAGGGUAACACGUUGCAGUCUCAGGCUCUGCAGACACUUCAGGAGAGACUCCGUGAGGCCGAGUCUGCUCUCAAGAGGGAGCAGGACAGCUUCCGACAGAUGCAGAGUGAGUUUGCGGCUCAGCUGGGUAAAGUGGAGGGCGAGCGGCAGACCUUGGCAGAGGCGGUGACGAGUGCAGAGCGGAAGGCGGCGGAGGAGAGGCACCGUGCGGACGAUCUCCAGCAGCAGGCCAAGAGCGCGCGCGCCGCAGCUGACAUGGCCAAACAGGAGUUACAGGAUUAUAAAAACAAGGCCACGCGGAUACUGCAGUCUAAGGAGAAACUGAUCAGCAGCCUGAAGGAGGGCUCUGGGCUGGAGGGGUUGGAUGGCGUAGGAGGUGCAGCAGGAGUGGAGCUAGAGGAACUUAGACAUGAGAAGGAGCUCCAGAGGGAGGAGAUCCAAAAGCUUCAGGCCCAGGUCCAAACACUCCGCACUGAGAUACAGGACUUGGAAACCCAGGCGCUGACAGAAGCGGAGAGCUGGAGAGAGCAGCAGGUUGAGCUGCAGGAGCAGUUGGCUCAGCAGCACAGAACCAGGCAAGAGCUGGAAGCUGAGGUGGAGCGUUAUAAACAGGAACUGCAGUAUGUGGAAGAGGAGCAUCAUCGUACCAAGAGCACUCUGCAGAACAGAGUCAAGGACCGUGAAGAGGAGAUACAGAAACUCAGGAACCAGCUGACCAAUAAAGCUUUGAGUAACAGCAGCCAGGUGGAGCUGGAGAGCCGGCUGCACCAGCUGACUGAAACGCUGAUCCAGAAGCAGACUAUGCUGGAAGCACUGGGCACAGAGAAGAACUCACUGGUUUUCCAGCUAGAACGUCUGGAACAGCAGCUAAAAAGCGUACAGGGUGGCCAGGCCAGUGGGCCUGCCAUCAACAUGGCUGCCAUGGAGGGCUCAGGAGCCCGGCAGAGAAACACCCCAGUCCUUUUCAGUGACCACGAUGGUCCUGGAGCAGGAGUUUAUGGGAAAGUUCGAAAAGCAGCCAGCACCAUAGACCGUUUCAGCAUCCGGUUAGGAAUCUUCCUCAGACGUUACCCUAUGGCUCGAGUCUUUGUUAUUGUUUAUAUGGCACUACUUCACCUCUGGGUCAUGGUGGUCCUUCUGACGUACACGCCGGAAAUGCACCAUGGACAACCCGGUGGAAGAUAAAGAUUAUCGCAUUUCAUGGUCUUUAUAGUCCUACUAAAAUCAGAAAGAAAAAUAUAGGACUUUUGGGGCUGCUGAGUUACCUGCUCUCGUAUGCAUUUUCUGAGCUGGUACCUGCAAUUUGCACAAACUCUUUUCGGGGACAGAUGUCGGACACUCUCUCUUUCUGCCAUCGGAUGGAAGCUGGAGUAAAAGGUGGUAUAUUAUUUUCACAAAGGUUGUUCAAGGAUGUGUGUAAGAAUGGAUGACAAAAAUGAGUUUUAUUUAAUUACAGGUUGUCUUCUCCAUGAUUUCUCAAUGAUUCAUUCAUAGUUUUAGCUCUGGUUAUUUUUGUUACAGCUAACAUGGGGUUGAAUGAGUUCUCUCUGUAUUAUUGAUUUCUUUUAAUAAACAUUAACAGAUGAUGUUAUAU